AUGUCUUACCGCAACGAGUCCAACAGCUACGGCAGUGGCAACCAGAGCUCCGGCUACGGUGACAACAAUUCCUCCAGCUAUGGUGGCAACGACUCUAGCUCUGGUCGUGACCAGGACAGCUACGGCAGUAGCAACACUGGCAGCAAUAGCUACGGCAGCAACAACAACUCUUCCAGCUACGGUGACAACGACUCUUCUAGCUACGGCAACAAGUCUAGCUCUGGUCGUGACCAAGACAGCUACGGCAGCAACAACAACUCUUCCAGCUACGGUGACAACGACACUUCUAGCUACGGCAACAAGUCUAGCUCUGGUCGUGACCAAGACAGCUACGGCAGCAACAGCAACUCCUCUAGCUACGGUGACAAGUCUAGCUCCAGCCGCGACGAGGAUAGCUACAGCAGCAACAACAACUCCUCCAGCUACGGCAACAAGUCCAGCUCUGGUCGCGACUCCGACAGCUACGGCAGCAAUAACAACAACAACUCCGACAGCUACGGCAACAAGUCUAGCUCUAGCCGCGACGAGGAUAGCUACGGCAGCAACAACAACUCUUCCAGCUACGGUGACAACGACACUUCUAGCUACGGCAACAAGUCUAGCUCUGGUCGUGACCAAGACAGCUACGGUAGCAACAACAACUCCUCCAGCUACGGUGGCAACGACUCUAGCUACGGCAACAAGUCUAGCUCUGGUCGUGACCAAGACAGCUAUGGCAGCAACAACAACUCCUCCAGCUACGGUGACAACAACUCCUCCGGCGACAUUGCUAGCACGAUACUGGACAAGGCUUCAGAUGUCUUCAACCGCCGUGAUUAA